AUGUUUACGUCUCAGCAACAGCAACAAGUUCAAUUUCGUCACACUGAUGUUCUAUUGUCAGUAUCUAAACAAAACGUAUUACCACCACCUCCACCUGCUGUACCAAUUGCUAGACAUCUAGUUGUAUCAUCGAGUAUGUCAAAUUUAAACAAUAAUCCAUCAAUAACUUCUUCAAUACUUACUGCAGUGACAUUCUAUGAUAGUUGUGUGUUAUUAAUUAUGCUGUUUCAUACUGUACCUCCGUCUUGGGCAAACGAAUAUUGUACUACUAUGGACGGUGAUAAACGACCGUCUUCUUGCACGGUGUGUCCAGAAUGCAUGGAAACUGAGUGCUCGUGUUGGCAUAUUUUACAAUUAGACGGUGUUGGUAGCAUUUAUACAGAUGCAGGAAAAUCAUCAUCCUGGAAUCAGUUGGAUGGAUUAAAUGGAACUGCUGGUGGAGGUGUACCAACUAGAACCACUCCUACUUUGACACCAACUACCUUGCGGACAAUUGCUGAUUCUUUAUGUGAAGGAGGAUCAACAAAUUUUGUUGUCGAUUUUGGACAAUCAUCCUCUUCUGCUACUGCUGACUUACACCACUUGUUGAUGGAUAGUAGUGGAAAUCAACAACAACAACAACAACAUAAUCAUCAAGACUCACAUCACCGUUAUAGUAUUGCUAGUGGUGUAUAUGACAUAAAUACAGCUGGAGGGCCUUCUCCAUUAAUAAAUAAUAAUAAUUCUAACAAUAGCAGGCAGGCUGGAUUUGUGCCUCCCCUUGUUCAUCAUACAAAUCAGCUACAACCUCUUAUUCAAUCACAAAACAAUAAUCAAUCAGUUUUGGUCAACGCUAAAUCUUGGCAAGGUGUUGUUACUACAACUACAAAUGCUACAGCAUUAACAUCACUGUCACAACAAAAUACAGUCCCAAAGUACCAAAAAGAAAUGACAACAACUGAAGAUGAUGAUGAUACCUCAGAUAGUGAUGUAUCAACAAAACCAAAAAGGAAAACUCCUCUGAGAAAUAGCAAUGGUAGACAAAGUGGAAAUAUAAAUAAAAAAGGUGCAUCAAAAUCAUCAGGUAAUUCAUCUGGAACAAGUGGUGGUCGCCGGCCAAAUAGUGAUAAUAAAGAUAAAGUGCUCUCUGCGGAAGAAGAACAUAGAAGACAAGUCAGAAGAGAGAGAAACAAAUUAGCUGCAGCUAGGUGCCGUAAGCGUCGAAUGGACCACACUAAUGAACUCUUGGAGGAAACUGAACAAUUAGAAGAGAAACGUAUGAGAUUACAAGUGGAAAUUGAAGCUUUACGACAACAAAAACAAGAUCUCCAACAGUUAUUGACUGAACACAAACGUCAAUGUCGAGUUAAAGUAGAACCUAUGGCAGACUGUAUAGAUGAUAAAUCUAAUAUAAUAAUUGAUUCUUCUCUUUUAAAUUCUGCACCAACAAUUUUACAUACACCUAUUGUUACUGCUGUGUCAUCUGCAAGUGCAGCUGCUAUCAGACGAGUACAACCAGCAGUAAGGCCAACAACUUUAUUACGACUUAAUGAAACUGUACAAACACCUCGAUCACAACCACAACAACGAAACAAUGUACAAAAAGUAGAAUUGAAUUUUGAUUCUCUCAUGGACGGUGGUACUGGUUUAACCCCAGUUACAUCAAGUACUACUUCAAGUUUAGUAGCUAUGCAGCAGGGAGGAAGUACAGUAUCAUGAUAACAAAGUAACAUGAACUUAAAUAAAAUUUAACUAGAAUUUCUCUUCAGUUAUAACUAUCAUUUUUCUAGUGAAUUUUUUUAUGACGAAUUUAUAUUUUUUGUAUAAUAUUAUACAAAAUUGAAUUGGGAAAUUGCACCUUCUUGUGAUAUUUAUUCAUACUAUCAUUUAAUAGGGACAGAAUAACUGAACUUUUCUAUAAAUUUAUUAUUAUUAGUUGACAUAAGAUGCCAUAGUUUUUGUAUAAUUUAUUACACUUUUUUAUUUUAAAUUAUUAAUAAAAUAUUAAAUUAUUGAGGUUGUUUUUAUAGUUAGUAGCAAUAUAUAUAAAUAUAUAUAUUUAUAUUUGAUGUAUAUUUUUAUGUAGAAUUUAUGUAUAUAAUAAUAAAAUAUAAUAAUUAUAGUAUUCCAAAAAUGACAA